GAACACAAUGUCAUGAAGGGAAAAAAGUCUUUAAAAGAGAGUGAAGGGGAGACUUUUGUGGUUUUAUCAGCAAAUUUCUCAAAUGCCAUGAUGAGUUUUUGCACGUAAAAAUGCAAGCUUUUUUUUCUUUCCAGCCCAUCGAGCUCCAGUAAUCUCACUAUACACAUUCCUUCACUUAACAGUUAACACGGAUAUAUAGAAACCGCUGAGAACAACUCAAAGCAAGUUCUUUUGCAGUCACCAAGCUCAUGGCCACUACUACAUUCUGUACAUACCUAUUCCUUCUCUCUGUGUCCCUUUCAAUCUUCAAUCUUAGUUCAUCUUCAUCAGAGAGGGACACCCUUCUCUCCUUCAAGGCCUCCAUAGUAGACUCUAAGAAAGCCUUGUCUGGCUGGUCCAACACUUCAUCAAACCAUUACUGUAACUGGACUGGAAUAACCUGCUCCAACACACCUUUACUCUCUGUAAUUUCUAUCAACCUUCAGAGCUUAAACCUUUCUGGGGAUAUCUCAUCUUCCAUUUGUGACCUUCCAAAUCUGUCUUAUCUCAACCUUGCCGAUAACAUCUUCAACCAACCCAUCCCUCUUCACCUCUCUCAGUGUGGUUCCUUGGAGACUUUGAAUCUCAGUACCAACCUCAUAUGGGGCACUAUCCCAUCUCAGAUUUCUCAGUUUUCUUCCUUGAGAGUGCUCGAUUUGGGAAGAAACCACAUAGAAGGAAAUAUCCCUGAGAGCUUAGGCUCCUUGAAGAACCUCCAAGUCCUCAACAUGGGAAGCAACUUGCUUUCAGGUAGUGUGCCUGCUGUCUUUGGCAAUCUAACUAAACUUGAAGUUCUUGAUUUGUCUCAGAAUCCAUACUUGGUGAGUGAGAUUCCCGAGGAUAUCGGCGAGCUUGAAAAUCUUAAGCAGCUUCUGUUGCAAAGUUCUUCUUUUCAAGGCAAAAUUCCAGAUUCUCUGGUGGGCCUGGUUAGUUUGACCCAUUUAGAUCUCUCUGAGAACAACCUAACAGGUGGGGUUCCUCAGGCUCUACCAUCUUCUCUGAAGAACCUGGUUUCCUUAGAUGUUUCACAAAACAAGCUUUUGGGGCCAUUUCCAAGUGGCAUCUGCAAAGGAGAAGGCCUUGUAAACCUCUGUCUCCACUCAAAUUCCUUCAAUGGUUCAAUACCCAACUCCAUUGAUGAAUGUAAGAGUCUUGAGAGAUUCCAAGUCCAGAACAAUGCCUUCUCUGGAGAUUUCCCCGCUGCCUUGUGGUCAUUACCCAAAAUCAAGCUCAUUAGAGUUGAAAACAACAGAUUCUCAGGCCAAAUACCCGAGUCAAUUUCAGGAGCUGUUCAGUUGGAGCAAGUUCAGCUCGACAACAACAGCUUUGCGGGUAAAAUUCCUCAAGGUCUUGGCCUUGUCAAGAGCUUAUACAGAUUUUCUGCUUCUCUCAACCGUUUCGAUGGUGAACUUCCUCCUAACUUUUGUGACUCUCCUGUUAUGAGCAUAGUAAAUCUCUCCCACAAUUCUCUUUCUGGUCAAAUACCAGCGCUAAAAAAAUGCAGGAAACUAGUUUCAUUGUCUUUGGCCGAUAACAGUCUAACUGGAGAAAUCCCCUCUUCUCUUGCCGAGCUACCUGUACUCACCUACCUUGAUCUUUCAGAUAACAAUCUCACAGGUUCAAUCCCACAAGGGCUUCAGAACUUGAAGCUUGCUCUUUUCAACGUCUCCUUCAAUCAGUUAUCAGGUAAAGUACCAUACUCCUUGAUUUCUGGUCUCCCUGCCUCAUUUUUGGACGGAAACCCUGGUCUUUGUGGCCCUGGAUUGCCUAACUCUUGUUCUGAUGACAUGCCAAGACGCCACAUUGGUAGCAUUACAACCUUAGUAUGUGCUCUCAUCAGUUUAGCCUUUGUUGCUGGAACUGCCAUUGUUGUUGGUGGGUUUAUUUUGUAUAGGAGGUAUUCCAAGGGAAAUCGAGUGGGGGUCUGGCGAUCAGUGUUCUUCUAUCCUCUCAGGAUUACCGAGCAUGAUCUACUGGUAGGGAUGAAUGAGAAAAGCUCAAUGGGAAAUGCUGGGUUUUUUGGUAGAGUUUAUGUUGUGAGUUUACCUAGUGGUGAACUAGUAGCUGUGAAGAAGUUAGUCAAUUUUGGAAACCAGUCCUCCAAAAGUUUGAAAGCGGAGGUGAAGACUCUGGCAAAAAUUAGGCACAAGAAUGUUGUUAAAAUUCUGGGGUUCUGCCACUCCGAUGAGUCAGUGUUUCUCAUUUAUGAGUACUUGCACGGAGGGAGCUUAGGGGAUUUGAUUUCUCGUCAGAACUUUCAGCUGCAGUGGGUGGUUCGAUUAAAAAUUGCCAUUGGAGUUGCUCAAGGGCUGGCAUAUCUUCACAAGGAUUAUGUCCCUCACUUGCUUCACAGAAAUGUCAAGUCAAGUAACAUUUUGUUGGAUGCAAAUUUCGAGCCAAAGCUCACAGAUUUUGCUCUUGAUCGAGUUGUGGGAGAAGCUUCAUUUCAGUCAAUUUUGAACUCUGAAGCAGCAUCUUCAUGUUACAUCGCACCAGAAAAUGGUUACAGUAAGAAAGCAACUGAACAAUUGGACAGCUACAGCUUUGGCGUGGUACUACUGGAGCUAGUGAGUGGUAGGCAAGCAGAAGAAACGGAGUCAAGUGACUCAGUUGACAUUGUGAAGUGGGUUAGGAGGAAAGUGAACAUCGCUAAUGGGGUGCAUCAAGUUCUUGACCCAAAAAUAUCAAACACUUUUCACCAAGAGAUGAUUGGAGCUCUAGAUAUUGCACUUCGUUGCACUUCUGUGGUGCCUGAGAAAAGGCCAUCCAUGGUAGAAGUUGUUAGAAGCCUUCAAUCCCUGGAGUCAAGAAGUUGCAUUGCAAAUUUGCAUGAACCAAAUGAGGAACCCUCACCAGUCUGAACUUCUGAGUCCAAACUCAAAGACUGCUUUGUUUUUUGUUGAGUCUUUGUAUGUAAAUUUUAAGGUCUGUAUUUCACAUAAUUUUUGUUUUUUCUUCUUUCUAUCUGAUGAAUUGAGAUAUAGGAAUGGUUUGCAUGAUACAUUCUCUAUUUGGCAUUGGAUUGUAAGUGUUAAUCAGGAGUGCCAUGACGUAUUGGUUUAGACACUUGCAUUUAUGAUGCAGACUCAAGGUUGGAGUUCAAGUACACAACCAACUUCAGUGUA